AAGUCCAAGUGCCUGUUCUUUGCUGGAGCAAUUGCAUAUUGUUUUUCUGUUGAUUCCUAAAAGUCAGGCUGGGCAUUAGGAACCUUGCAUAUACACAGACAUCAGUUGGCUCUUAGGCUGUGCUGUUCACGUGCCAAAACAAUGUUUAUGUAUAUUGUAUGAAAAUGUAGUUGUCUGGGGGAGUGAGCAGUAAAAUUCCAAAGCUCUGAUGUGUGUUUCUGCCUACACCUGAUCCGGGUCUGUUUAUCUCCAGAUGAUGCACCAACUCCAUCUGUUUCUCCACAUAGAAAUAAGAAUCUCAAAGGUGGAGAGAUCCCAGCACUCAGGAUCUAAGGGUGUUUGCUGCCUCCCCAGCACAGAGACAUGCAUUGUGUGCCAUAACUACAGCCAGAAAAAGGGAAUCCUGAGGUGGAGUGUGAGUUGCCACAACCUGCAAGAGGAUCCAGGGGCGCUCCCACCCCAGGAGCCAUCAGUGACCUCAAGGCUCCUGAAGUGACAAAUGUCCAGCCCAGCCAGAAUCACACCGGUUGUUUUGAUGUUUCUGCCCCAAGACAGAAUCGACACACCAUCACCAAACUGAUGGAAGGGAAAUGGCACCUGAGUGAGUUAGACCUCGUCUGUGCUCAUCAGGCUAAUUAACUCAUCAGCAAGGACUGAAUCCAGCCUCCUGGUAAGUGAUAUCUAAAUCACUGCUGCAAGGAGAGGAUGAAAUAUGGACGCAUGAGAGGGGAGACAAGGGAUGUGACUGAGGAGGAAAAAGUCACAGAGCAAGAAGAAAUAUGGACAGGGAGUGUAAAAUGGGCCGUGUUCCUCACAGCUGCUGUCAGCGCUGCGGUUCAGGUGUGGUGCAGGACGUGUGUAUGGACGUGGAUCUCACGGAACAGCGAGAGGAUUGAUGGGAGCACCUGGCUCUGCUGUGCACCUGCACGUACACAGCGACUCAGGAGCUUAUUGCACACACAGGGACACUCUGGAACCAGCUGGAAAUCCACACUGGUUCAUGCUCAGCAGCUGGCUUUUGCCAGCAGUGAUAUUCCUGCACACAGCUGGAGCAAUCUCAUGGUCACUUCACUGUGGGUGUGUUCAUGGUGGCUGCUCAGCCUGGUGCAUUUGGAUCUUUGAAAGGGGACAAAAAAGGAGCAGCAUGGAGAGGCUGCCUGUUAAGACCAUCUAGUUCAUCCCCUGGUUUUGGGACUAGGCUGUCACCAGCACAUCAAAUGCAGUGCUGGUUGAGUGUUAAAUAAAACAAGUUUCUGUGACAAGCAAAAGUUUGCUCCCUUGAGCCCAAGCCUGGGGCAGCACAUGCUGAGGGACUCAGUGCAAGCACUUUGCUGCUACUGCAAGAACACACCUCGUGGAGUAUUGAAGAGAAUCCUGAGUACAUUUUUCUGCCUUCUGUAUUCCCAGGGGACAACUAGCCUUAAACUCACUGUGGUGGUAGCAGCUUUCUCCUAACUUCAACUGGAAUGUAUCAGCUUUGUUUGUUCCUGUGCCAACGCUGAGCCCAGGCAGCUCUCCUCCCUCUCUCCUCUUCUUCUCCUCUCCCAUGUUUGUGGAGAAUGAUUGUAUCUCUGCUGCUCCCUGUUCCAUGAGGCUGAGCACACCAGCCCCUCUCUGACUCCCCAGCUCUCUCAGCAGCCCUUUGCUGCCCAGUUUCCCCCCACAUCCAUCCCAGUUGAACACGGGUGACCAGACCCAAACAAAGUGCCCAGAUAAGAUCUUCUCGGGGCCCUGCACAAUGGAAACUUCUGCUAAGCCCAGCCAAGGCAUCUCCUGAGGGGUGAGAGUCUCAUUCCUGCAGGAUGAGACUUUCCUUUGAAAUCCAUGUUGCUGCUACCAGUGUUCAUCUACUCUAAGUGUUGCUUAUUCAAAACUGUGUUAAUCGUUGGCUUGUGCAUUUCAAUACAACUUCAUUUUUUACAUGGCACUUUACAGAUGCAUCUGAAAUGAAUCUAAAUGCCGACCUUUAUCAGAUCUCUGCAACUCUCAACAUUGCUUUUUGUCAAGCAAAUAUUUUCCCAGGACUCCACUUGAAACAGGAACGAGUCUCACACCUCCUCAGGGAUGGGCAAAACUGUGGGGAAAAAAGGGACAUCACAGAGUCUUGAGCAGUCCAGAGGAGCCUGAGUGGAGCCAAGAGCCCAUCCCAGCUGGCUGCAGCUGAGUCAGCAGGGGAAUCUUCUGGAGAUGACGGUUUUGAAGCUUUUUGGAAUCGUCUUUUUCUGUGGCCUCCUCUCGCCCUCGCAGGAAGUCUUGUCCGGCCUGUCCUGUGCUGUCAGCCCACGGGCAAUGCAGAAUGUUCUCUCAGAUGCCAUAAUUCGUAAUGGGCUCAUCCACCAGCACCUGCAGGGUCUUGUGGUUCCCAACAUCAUGGGUGAAGGGAGUCAGCUGAACUCUCCCACCAGCAUCACCGACCUGCACCUCAUCAAGGUCCGGGUGCCCAGGCUGUCGGUGGUGCUGCUGCCAGGGAUCGGGGUCCAGCUGACCAUCGGGGCAAAGCUGCAGCUCAGAGGCAACUGCUUGGUUGGCCUGCUCUCAGAAAUCAUUGAUAUCUUAGUGGAGGUGAACAUUACUGCAAACAUUAAAUGCACAAAUUUUGAAUCUGGCACGUUCCAGGUUGUCACUGAAGACUGCCUCUGCAUUCUUGGGGCCAUAAAGAUCAAGGUCCUUUCUGGCUUACUCACCCUGUCAGUGAAUGAGCUGGUGCUUCACCAGCUGACAGCGACUCUGCCCGCUUUGCUCUGUCCUGUGGUCGAUAUCGUGAUGAACCUUGUGAACAUUCAUCUCCUGAGCACUCUCAAUGCGGUGAUCCCGGUCGGCACAGCAGGAACAAUCCACUACCAGCUGGCCAGCAUCCCCUACACCUCUGGCAAGUUCCUUGGGCUGGAUUUAGACGGCGUGGUGAAGCAGGUGGGAGGCAGCACCAUCCCCCACGACUCGUCCCCCUCUGCUUUGCCUCCUCUGAUGGACCGGCUCCUGCUCUUGGUGAUGCGCCAGAGCUUCCUCAAUGCAGUCCUGUCCCUCCUGCUCCAGCUGCCGCCACAGACCUUCCCCUGCACGCCAGACGUUUUCUCCGGUGCCAGCCGCCUGCAUGAAGCCGUGUGGACCAUUGCUCCUGCUGGGUGCUCUGCCUGCAGUGGGACCAGUCCUCUGAGCAUCAAACUGGUGUUGAGAGGAAACCCGCUCAUCCUCUUGGAAGAAAACAAAGCCAGUGUCAAGCUUUCGGUCCUGAUUCAGCUGUUCAGUAACCACUUAGAUGGAUCCAUCCUCAACUUCCUGCUGCUGAAGGCUGACCUUGCUCUAAACGUCCGCGUGUCGAUUGUUGGGGGCAGGCUGGUGCUGCAGCUGGCCUUGGGCAGCACUUCCCUCUCCUUGGAGUCUUCUGAUGUUGGCAUCAGUAAUAUCUCUACCCUGAAGUCCCACUGCAGCAGCUUGCUUGUGGAAACAUUCCUGCCUGUGAUCAAUGGUGCCCUGAGCAUCGGGAUCCCACUGCCAAAGGUGCUGCGCAUUCCCUUAGUGAAUGUGGAUUUUCAGAUAAAAGCGGGCCUGAUGGUGUUUCUGGUGUGAGCUGUGGAGCCUGAGGCAUGGAGAGGACUGUGGGGACAGAGAGAGGAAGAGAGCAACGAGCAUGGAAUGGACCAGCAUUAUCUGCUUUUCUUUACUAAACUUGAUUCAAGAUUCUUGAUAAUAUUUAAGACACUUUAAAGUGAAUUGGCUUGUGUGAGUACAGUUUGACACUUGCGUAAGCCUAACCUGACUGGCAGCUCUGUGUACAAAUAUUUAUUUAGAGAAGUUGGUGUGAUUUGGGGGUCACAGUCACAGCAGUUGAAUGUGGUGCUGCAGUGGAAUUCGGAAAUUUGUUCUGAGGUAAAACUUUUCCUGAUAGAAUGAAAAAGUGAAUUUGCAUGUGGCUUCUGAAGUGAAUCUCCCCAUCCUUGUCCAGGAGGGUGGGAAGCGCCGAGUGGGAGCUCAGAAUACAUUUGUCAUUUAACUCAUUUAAUAAAUGUUC